UUCGAGAUGGCUGUGCAGGUCCCCAGCCUCCUCCUUGCAGCAGCUGCGGUGCUGAUGGUGCUGAGCAGCCUGGGGGCCGAGGGCAGAGACCCCCCAAGGGAUUUCGUGGUCCAGUUCAAGCCCUACUGCUACUUCACCAACGGGACGCAGCACAUGCGGUAUGUGACCAGGUACAUCUACAACCGGGAGGAGUACGUGCGCUACGACAGCGAGGUGGGCGAGUACCGCGCGGUGACCGAGCUGGGGCGGCCGGACGCCGAGUACUGGAACAGCCAGAAGGACAUCCUGGAGCGGUUGCGGGCCGAGAUAGACACGGUGUGCAGACACAACUACGAGGAGACGGAGGUCCCCACGGCCCUGCGGCGGCGUGAGCAGCCCAAGGUGGUCGUCUCCCUGUCCAGGAAGGAGGUCCUCAACCACCACAACACGCUGGUCUGCUCAGUGUCAGAUUUCUACCCGGCCCAGAUCAAAGUGCGCUGGUUCCGGAAUGGCCAGGAGGAGACAGAGGGAGUUGAGUCCACACAGCUUAUUAAGAACGGGGACUGGACCUACCAGAUCCUGGUCAUGCUGGAGAUGACCCCUCAGCGGGGAGACAUCUACACCUGCCACGUGGAGCACCCCAGCCUGCAGAGCCCCGUCACCGUGGAGUGGAGUGCACAGUCCGAGUCUGCCCAGAGCAAGAUGCUGAGCGGCAUCGGGGGCUUUGUGCUAGGGCUCAUCUUCCUCGGGCUGGGCCUUUUCGUCCGUCACAGAAGCCAGAAAGGACCUCGAGGGCCUCCUGCAGCAGGGCUCCUACAGUGAUUCAUGGUGGCUGAGUUGACUGUCACACUGUAAGGCCUGUCCCUGCCCUCAGUUCCCAUCUGUGCCAGCCUGCCUGUCCUUCUCUGAUUCAGAGUCUAGCAUGGUGCCAGUGUACCCACCAGUUCAGCUUUUGUGAUUCCCCGACUCCCCAAGACUCUGUCUCUGGCUCUGCUCCUGGCUGAUUCCAGAGACUCAGUCCGUGUCCUGCAGCACAAUCUACUCAGACCUCAGGCCUUCUAUUUCCACUGUGCCACACAGGCUGCUGAAGAGACCCUGAAAACAUUCACCUCUUUUUCAUAAUUAAACAGGUUAUGAAUAUGUA